AGAUGUGGAGGUUGGUUGCAAUGGCCAUAAUGAUGCUUGGACAUUUCACACAACCGUUGGACAUGUCUGGGAACAUUGGAAGUGAAACUAGUCACAUUAAUUAUGAUGCAGACCCUGAAGCACGCAUGAACAUUAGUGAACUGAUUAGAUACAGAGGAUACCCUAGUGAGGAAUACGAGGUGGUCACUGAGGAUGGAUAUAUCUUGAGUGUCAACAGAAUACCGCAUGGAGUCAAGUUCCUAUCUAGAGAACCAAAACCUGUGGUAUUCUUGCAGCAUGGCCUGCUUGCUGACGCCAGCAACUGGAUCUCUAACUUUGAGUUCAAUAGCUUGGGGUUCAUUCUGGCAGAUGCAGGUUAUGAUGUAUGGAUGGGAAACAGUCGAGGAAAUACCUGGUCUAUGAAACACAAGACUCUUUCCCCUAAAGAGGUAAAAUUCUGGGCUUUCAGUUAUGAUGAUAUGGCAAAGAAAGAUCUUCCUGCAGUUAUAAGUUUCAUUUUGCAAAAAACUGGACAGGAACAAAUAUACUACAUUGGCCAUUCUCAAGGAACUACUAUAGGGUUUAUAGCAUUCUCCACCAUUCCCCAGCUGGCCAAAAAAAUAAAACUGUUUAUUGGUCUAGCUCCGGUGGCUACUCUUAAAAACCCCAUUGGUCCAAUAACAGUAUCAAGAUUUAUCCCAGACUGUGUUAUUGAGGAGCUGUUUGGUGACAAGGCAUUCCUACUGCAGACACAAGUUAUCAAAUGGCUGGCCCAGAAGUUUUGCAGUCAAGUGGUACUGGAGCAAAUAUGUGGCAAUGCUUUCUUCCUCCUGUGUGGAUUUAAUAGAUGGAACCUAAAUAUGAGUCGAGUUAAUGUGUACUCCUCAUUCUGUCCUGCUGGAACAUCUGUGCAAAACAUGCGCCACUGGUCACAGGCUGUCAGCUCUGGGAAACUGCAAGCUUUUGACUGGGGUUAUGCAGGCAACAUAAAGCAUUAUAAACAGCCGGCACCUCCUUUGUACAAUGUGAAAGACAUGACGGUCCCCACAGCAAUAUGGAGUGGUGGCAAUGAUUGGUUGGCUGAUCGGAAGGAUGUGGCUUUGUUACUCCCUGAAAUCACUAACCUGGUUUAUUACGAAGAGAUACCAGAGUGGGAACAUCUAGACUUCAUCUGGGGCCUGGACGCUCCAUAUCGGCUAUACAAUACGAUCUUGAAUGUGCUGAGAAAGUUCCCUUGAACUAUUUAUUAUCAGAAUGACAUAACACAUAUACAACUGAGAUAUUUAAUGGGAAGCUUUUCUUCAUUCACAUGAAUCACACAAAACUUGUGUAACCUCUAUACAAUGAUGUAUAAUUAGUAGGCUGAAGAAUAGGAUUUGAUGCUAGAGAACUGUGGGCACACAUGGGGGGUAAUUCUGAGUUGAUCGCAGCAGGAACUUUGUUAGCAAUUGGGCAAAACCAUGGGGGUAAUUCCAAGUUGAUCGCAGCAGGAUUUUUUUUAGCAAUUGGGCAAAACCAUGUGCACUGCAGGGGGAGCAGAUAUAACAUGUGCAGAGAGAGUUAGAUUUGGGUGGGUUAUUUUGUUUCUGUGCAGGGUAAAUACUGGCUGCUUUAUUUUUACACUGCAAAUUAGAUUGCAGAUUGAACACACCCCACCCAAAUGUUAGUGUAAUGGAUUGUAGAUCUACGAUCCAUGCUGAAUCUGGCCCAUUGUGUAGUGUGAUAGUUACCAUUUUUGUGAUGCAAUGACUCCAGUCAUAUUGAAACUGCAAUGAAGGGAGAGAGCUGCAGUUGCAAACUUGCAUCUGUGAUCAACUCUGAAUAGGUCAUAUUAUGCAAUUCUGUUUCCACCUCUGAAUAAGGCUCACUGGGGGUCAUUCCGAGUUGAUCGCUCACUGACAUUUUUCGCAGCGCAGGGAACAGGUUACUACUGCGCAUGCACCGCAAUGCGCACACGCGUUGUACAGGUAGAAAAGCGAAUCGUUGCUGGACGAUGGAUUUAACAAAGAAUCCAUUCGCACAGCUGAUCGCAAGGAGAUUGACAGGAAGAGGGCGUUUGUGGGUGUCAACUGACCGUUUUCAGGGAGUGUUUGGAAAAACACAGUCUUGUCCCAGCAUUUGCAGGUCGGGUGUCUGACGUCAAUUCCGGGGCCAAAAAGAUUGAAGUGAUCGCAAGGGCUGAGUAAGUCCAGAGCUACUCAGAAACUGCAAAAAACGCUUUCGUCCCGCUCUGCUGCACACGUGUUCGCACACUUGCAAAGUGAAAAUACACUCCCCUGUAGGCGUCGACUAUGCAUUUGCACGGCUGCAAAAAGUAGCUAGCGAGCGAUCAACUCGGAAUGAGGGCCACUGUGCUAGAACUGCCCUAGGACAACAUUAACAUAACUUGGCGGCAAUUCCUCCUUACAUAAGUCAUCUUUAUCUUUCCGGUUGUACAUUUGAUUAUUGCAUAAAUAUGGGAUUUCAUUGAGAGUUUGAUUUUACACUUGUUUUGCACAAUGACGUGAAAGUGUUAUAAACAAACAGCAAUGUUUGAAUUUAGAGUGAAUCUAAAGCUGUACAAUUAUCAAUGUAAAAUACUCUCAUUCACCACAAGGUGGCAGAGUACAAACGCAAGUGUUACUGAAGUUAAAUGGAAGGACUAUAUAGUAUGUUAACACUUGUUUGAGCCUGGGUAUAGAAUCUACAUUGCUGUGAUGGGCUACUCGCUGCUAUGUUGCAAAUAAAUCCUCUUAAUGGUUUUCAGUGUUGUUACUAAAAUAUUUCUAUUGGUGCAUACACUCUUGCCAAGAAAGUAAACGACGUUGCUUAUUUUCACUUUAUGUUGCCUCUCCUCGCCUCAAACAUGAGAACACCAAGACCAGGCUUACCACCUCUCUGGCUGAGAACAUCAAGUUUGCCCCUGGGCCUAACCAUCAAGAUGAACAGGGAACUGUGGGGGAAGAGCACCAGGACCAGGAUCAGCAGGGACAUCCCCAUUCCGUCUGAGUAUGCCCCCCACAUUCUCCUACCCACCCGUACCAAGAUCUGAUCAAAAUAUUAUCCCACUCCUACUUCUGCCACUAGUUACCUGCUAUUGUGGUUUUUUUUUUUUUUCAUGUGUUUUCCUGUAAUGUUUACAUCCACUGAUUGCACACCUUUCCAUUGUGCCCUACAUGCAGGGUACAUCAUACUACUACAUA